AUGGAGUGUGUCUUUGGAGUGGCUGGCAACAAGGAAAAAGAUAUCACUACUGGAAAUAUUGGGACACUUUUUAAGAUUCGUAUUGGUCAUACCAAUUCUGGACUCUCUCCUGCCUGGCACUGCAAGGAGGUACAGUUGUGGAACCUAUAUUCUGGAGAACAGUUUUAUAUACCUGUUCAGCGAUGGUUAGCACGAGAUCAAGAGGAUGGGGAGAUCUGUCGGGAAGUUCCUAUUUUAAAGAAAGGACAACCCGUCCUUCCAGUGACAGUAUAUGAAGUGCAUGUGGCAACUGGUGAGCUAUGGAAUGCUGGAACAAAAGCAAAUGUCUGUAUUUCUGUCUAUGGGGAAAAGGGAGAUACAGGAUCUAGACAACUAUUUAGAUCCAAGAGUUCCUUCAAUUUUUUAAGAGGACAAACUGACACUUUCUCCCUGGAAGCUGUGCACCUUGGGAAUUUGUACAAAGUUGUCAUAGGUCAUGACGGCCUUGGACCAGGAAAUGGCUGGUUUCUUGAUGAUAUUGUGAUCAGAGAUCCCACGACAAACCAUGAACAUGCCUUCUCCUGUCACAGAUGGCUGGAUCAGGGGGAAGAUGAUGGCAAAAUUGCCAGAGAGCUGUAUGCCAGUGAGAACAGCACCUUGUUUGGAAGUGAGUGCCAUGUUCACACGUCUUGGGAAAUUCUGUUUUAUUGCAGAAAACUGAUUGAAGAAGGCUUAACACUGUUGAAAUAAUGGCCCUCUCUUUCCUCUCUUUCCUCAGGGCAGAAGUUAGAACUUAAGAGAAAAGAAACAUGGGCUGCAGAAAGCUGGAAGUUUAUGAAAGGAAAUACUCUUCAGUUCUACAACAAGCUUACUGGGGGGUUUGUCCGCCUGCACCCAGAUGGCACAGUUGACGCAGCUGGAGAGAAGACAGACAGAUACGGUCUCUUUGAUGUUAUUUUUAACAAAGGGAAUACGUGCAUUUUCCAAAGUCGUCAGAUGCGACAUCUUUCUCUUGCUCUUGACAAUGGCCUUGUCACUGGAAUGGCCAGUGGUGUUGCCGCCAGUGAACUUCGAGUGCUGUAUCAGCCCAAUCGUUUUGCCCUUCUUGAGUCAACACUAGUUCCUGGUCACACAGUCGUUUUUGAUCAUCAUGGCAAAAUAGCUGAUAAAUCAUCAACUGGCUAUGCAGAUCUUUCAAAAGAAUUCGUGAUUUAUGUCAAGGAUGUGUUUCUCGACAGUGCUGUGGUUCUGCUUGCUACAAGCCUGCGCCAGGCCCUGUGUCUCCAGCCUGAUGGGAGCUGCACUGGAGUGGGGAAUCAGUCUGCAAAAUCCCACUGGAAAGUGCAUAAAAUCAGCUCUGGGAUUUACAUGUUUGAAAGUGUGAAGAAUGCACAAAUGUAUCUGAGGAUUAAGGAUGACCGAUGUGACGGAACAGGUACAGGAGAUGUUCACUGUCAUUUUAAAAUUAAGAAGAACUUGGAAAAUGGAUCCAUAAGUCUGGAAUCUACAAAGAGCCCAGGGUUGUUUGUUGGACUUCAGUCAGAUGGACAAGCAAAGCCAGUUAUUUAUACCAAGGAUGGGAGUGUUUUCUUCUAUCCACAAGUCAUCCAAUGUACGUUUAUUCUAAAAUACUUCGAUUUUAAUUUGCUUUGUGGUUGUUUGUGUAUAUUGUCUGGUAACUUGAUCUCACGUUUACUAAUCAAAUCUCUGCUGUUAGGCUUUUGUUGUUGUUCUGGGGGGAAAAAAAACCAAACCAACAUAUAAUGAUGACUAGACCAACAAUUGCUUUUGAGUAGAUCCCCAACUCAUGGUGACUCCAUGUGUGUCACAGUAGAGCUGUUCUCCACAGGGUUUUCAGGAAGUAGAUCAUCAGGCCUUUCUUCUGAGGCACCUCUAAGUGGG